GAUAAAUCGACACGACCGACACGGGGACUAGCACUCUUUCCCAGAUUAGUCACUACAAACACCCUCGUCAUCAUCAUCAGAAUACCUCGGGCCGACUGUCAAUAGUGGAUCGUCACCGGGCAGCAAAGCAAGUGACGGACAUCGUUGGCCAUUAGUAUCAGCAGCGAAAAGCUGACCAAACAGAUCGGAAGCACAUUCAUAAAUAGAGGGAAGAGAGAAAGAACCAUGCCAGCCGUACAUAAAAAAGGCGCUCUAUUCGCCGUCCACCAAGAUUCUCCCGGACCCGCCUCUACGUCUCAUAGCAGCUCGACUACUGGCGUUAGGGGGAGGUCGGCUUUCGGUCCCAAGUCUGGUACUGCUCCUGGGCUCGGGCUCGGAUUGGGGCUCGGACAAGGAAGGGAUGAGAACGUCACCACCGGCGCGGGUGUGAAGAAUGUGAAUUCGAGUGUAGCGGGAGCAAAGAGGAACGUACUGGGGAACAAGAGUAACCUAGGCGCAGCACCCGCUGGUGUUCAGGAUGGGAAGAAGGAGGUCAAGCCGUUUGGUGUAAGGGUGGUUCCAACUCAAGGACAGGGGAAAGAAAACCCAAGGGAAGGAGGAGCUGAGAAGGCCAAGUCCUCGAGCGCGAAUGCGGAUGCGACUGCCGGGCUCGGAUUGGGAGUAGGUACGAAGACGGUGGAGAAUAGGACCACCGCGACUUCGACCACGACCUCGAUGUCUUCUUCCUCGCAUGCGCACCGACGUGGGAAAUCGGGGGAUCAGAGCAAGACGAUCAAGUCUAGGUUGUUUGGCACGUCUUCGGCUUCGACCUCGCACACUACCGCAAACAACCAUAACAAUAAUAAUAGCGCUCAAACCAGACCUGCGACCUGGUCGGCACAAGCUUCGAGGACGGCCUUACGAGAGACAGCGGGCAAACCUCCGUCGACGAGUUCAAGUUUGAUCUCGGGGCUAAGGAAUACGCCUGUCAGGCAGUUGUUAUUGGGUGGUCGGGCCGGGUCGAGUCGCUCAAACGCGUUGGCAGGACGGGCGGGUUCCUCCUCAACUUCCACUUCGUCCGCCCAGACCAGUAGCGCGAGCCUGCCUGUACCCGCGCCUGUGCCGGUAGAUGACGAGGAGGAUGAGAUCUACUCUAGGCCUGUGACGAGGAAACAGAAGAAGGUGGCUCAACCUCCUCGACCUGCAGCAGGUCUAGGUCUUGGCGAAGACGUCUUCCUCCCCGCUCCUACCGAGAACUCGACCAAGGCUCCGCGCUUGGCUUACACUUCGACGUUUGCGCCGGCCUUGCAAGACAUGGAUCCGCUCGAGAACAGCCCGACGCAGGACCUCGGUGGGUUCGCCUUGCCCGCUUUCCCCGCGCCCUUGACUGGGGGGCUCUUUGGACCCAACAAGGUCGUCAGCGCAGAGACCCGCGUCAAGGGGUUGUUUGGACGUGGAAAGGGCAAGGAGAACGUCCCGCCCGUCGGGGAGAGGGUGAUCGAAUCGGUACAAGCGCCCGUUUCGGAGACGAGGACUCAUCGAAGUUUGGGUUCGGCUUUCACGUUCGAGCCUAUCGUCGAAGUCCCGGAUGCUCCUUUGACUGUGCCAGUUUCGCCCUCACCUAUGAAACGACGACCGUUCGGUCGAUCGGAUUCGCAAGAAGACGGCUUGCCCACUACCGGAUCUAUUCACGGUCUCGGUUUCGGUUUCACGCCGUGUCGAGCUAGUCCUAUCGCUAGCACCAGCGCCAGCCGUCGACAUCAACGAGAAGCAUCAUCAGCUUCUGGGAUCAACCAUUUCCUUCCCCAUUCCCACUCGGCCGGAUCUGGCUUGGGUGACAAUUCCGAGUCGUCCUUUGAAAAGGCCAAAGUCACGCCGCUCAAACAACGGAGCAAGAAACGUGCCAGCGACAAGAAGACGGGUGGUCAUCGCCGAGGCGCAUCGAGCAUGUCGUUGACGAACCAUUUCCUGCCCACCUCCACUUCGUCCGACCUCCUCGGUCGAUCGAUCGAGACGAGUCCGAUGGCUAGGGCCAAGGUGACCCCGUUGAAAUCGCGCAGGAAACACGUCAGGCAAAAGAGCAGCCUGAGUCGAGGCUUUUCUUUCGGCUCAAACCACGUUGGGCUUGGCUUCGACAUGUCUGCUGUGGAUGCCCCCACGGAAUCGAUCGAAUAUGGGGACGAACAGCUCGGGGACAUGGAGUCCACACCGAGCGUUUGGGAGAGCGCGUCGAGCAAGCGGAGUAGCAAUACCACCUCGAGUUUGGGCUCGACGUCGAAGCGGUUCUGGGGACUCGAUGUCCAGGCUGAAGACGACGAGGGGGAGGGUGCCGACGGGUUCUUGACCGGUUCGCCCAUCAGCAGGCGCAAGUCGGGCUCUCCUUCGCGCAUGAGCCUGUUUGUGCCGCCGGCUGAGUUGCCUGAAUCUACUCAUGGCUGGAUACAAACCCAACCUGGCGAAUUCCAAGCACCGCCUCCACCUCCGCCCCGACGCAAAGGCAAGGGCAAGCUUUUCCUCCGCUAGCGACCGUUAUGAUAUCACGACACAGUUUUGCCUUUCUGCCGUCAUAUUAUUUUUGAUUUAAUCUUCUUGCUUUUUCUAAUGAAUGCUUUUCCUACGACACACGCACGCCCUGCUUGUAAUAAGCGAUACCAAGCGAAUUCCUGAAUUAUAAAUGUGCAUGCUUG